GUUAAACGAUCUAGACGACGAAAAACAUAUCGACGGUGCGAUUCGCAAGAGAAACAAAUUGUCUAAAGUCGGACGACAAUUCAUUUAUUUGUGAACGGCACGCGAGUUAUGUAAGAAACGCUAUUUAGGCCGAAACAUUAAAAAUAAAAUGUACACAGUUUAAUGGAAGUAAAGGAAUACAUUUUUGUUACAACUAAAAAUUUGUUCAAAAUCUAAAUUAAAUCGAUGAUAACGAAUCCAAAAAACGGCGAACAAGAUACGAUAAAAUAUACAUAUAUAUAAAAUUAUAAAAUUUAAUAUUUAAAUAAGAACAAAAAAAAAUCAAAGUGCAAAGAACGGAAACAGGAAGUCACGGAAAUGGCCUUACAAGCAAAUAAUAGAAAUUUAUUAAUGCGCAAUGAACGCACCAUGCCAGCCUGGGUGACGGAGCAAAGUGAUCGCGUGGGACCCAAACCGCCGCCACCUCCCCUGGCCACAGAAAAUGGCCAUGUAACAGCACCAGCAAAACAGCCAGCAUUGCCACCCAAAACUUCUGCCCAACCCGAGCCGGACUAUGAAGUUAUUGAGUUUUCAAAUCAGCAAUAUUCGAACACGCCAAUGCGACCCUCUUCGGCCAGCUCUGGUUCCAAGACACCAGAUACCAAAUUGAAAUGCACCCUUUGUGGUUCAUCGAAUCCCUGGGUCAUGUGUGAAGAGUGCUCCAAACAAAUAUUUUGCGCCUCGUGCGAUGAUAUGUUCCACAAGCACCCCAAGCGUAAAAAUCACCAAAGGAAGACUCUAGAACAAAGCAAUCCACCACUACCACCCAAACUUCUGCCCGGUCAACCUGGACCCGCACCGCCAGUGGCCCCACCAAGACGCAACAAACGUGGGCUUAUGACACCUCUCAUGCAACGCAAGGAUCAGGUCAACUCGGCAGCAUUGCCCAUACCGCCCUCCCCAACGCCCUCCAUGAAAAAUGCCUCCUGGCAUGAGCGUGUAGGCUCUCUGAAACGUGGCUUGAGCAUUUUGAAUCGACCACUACCGGAAACACCCAAAACACCCACCACUCCCAGUGAGUCGUCACGCUGUACUACCCCCAAAUCGGUAUUUGACAAUAUACAACGGCCGCCCUCGGUGGUCUUGGAGAAGAUAAAGAACAAAGCGAAUGCCACACUAGAUCGCAUGCAGAUGUUGCAGCAACGCUACCGUCAACAGAAAGAGCAAAUGGAAAGAGAUCGCAACGGCUAUAGCAGUGAGCAACAGAAUCACAAUGCAUUUGAUCAGUGGUCUAGCAUUUCACCAUCGCCAUCACAUUUUCCUUCUGGCAGCAUGUCAUCCGGUAUCAACUCAUCUCAUCUUGAUCUAACGGACGAUUCAAGUUUCAAUUUGUUCCACCAGCGCCAGCUGGCCCUGCAGCAUCACAAGUUGGCGGCCCAAAGGGCAAAUCAGCUGGGUCAGCGUGGCAUGUCAUCAUCGGUGUUUAAUUUGAAUCAAGCCAGUCGCAAGCCGCCGUCCAUGAACAAUGGCUGGUCCAACAAUCCAAUGCAUCAGGCCCAAUCCAUGGCGCAGCUGAACUGUGCCAAUUGCAGUCACCCACAGCAAGGUAGCUGGGGACACCAGCAUCACAUGCCCAUGAAUCACCAUGACCCAUGGAGCAAUCAAUUGAGUUCUCAGCAACAUUUAAAUCGCUCCAACCUGUCCUUGAAUGUAUCAGCCGGUUACAUAAUGCCUCCCCAGCACAGUGGCAUGUAUCCACCGCCAGUUUUUAUGAAUCAACGGGGCAUGAUGGGUCAGAUGUUUGCCCAACCGUAUAUGCCGGGAAUGCCGGUCAUGAAUCCAGGUCUGGUUGGCAUGCCUCCCUCUGCUUCUAGGGCUGCCUCGCGAGCAGGCUCACGCAUGGCCUCUCCGGCCUUGAGUCGCAAAUCGGUUACUCUCCGACGAAAACAACGCGCCAGCUAUCAUAAUGAUGAGGCCACCGAUGAUGAGGAUUCCGAUGAAGAUGAUCGCCGUUCGAUGGUCUCAAAUCGUUCAGCCAUGUCGAGGACAAGACAGCGACGUAUGUCCAGCGCAUCACAAAUCCAACUGGAAGAAGAUUUGGAUUCGGGUCAGCAGCGGUCACGUGUUCGCAGUCAACGCAGAGAUUCUGUGGCGAAGUCGGUACACAACGAUUGGGCGCCGGGUAGAAAAAUCUCCAGCAGCAAUAAUCGCUCCGGUGACUCUGGCUUUAAUAGUCCCCGGCAAAAGCCGGCAGCAGCAAAUCGUAUAUAUUCCGAUUUAGAUUCUGAGGGUUCGGGUACCAGGGCCUUGGUCCAAGCCAAAAUCGAACAAAAACUCAAAGAGGAAUCCCUGAAGCAGCAGAAACAAGGCAAAUCCAAGCGUCGAAGUGAGUCACCGCCCAAACAAAAGCAAUCAAUGGCAGUUCAAACUCUUGCCAAGAAAAAGGAGGAGAAGCCACCAGAGAAACCGGCUAGCGAAAGUGAAUCGGAAGAAGAGGUGGAGGAAGAGGAGGAGGAAGAAGAGCAGGAAGAAGACCAAGUUGAGGAGCAGCAACAAACAAAUGACUCAAAAACAACAACAACAGAUGAAUCCCAAAAACCACAACAAAAUGGCGAAGUUAAUGGCGUCGAACCUGAUCCAGUCUUGGAAGAUGAAGACGCCGAAUCCUUGGGACCACCACCCUCUACACCAGACCAGGAAUGGGAAUGUGAAUUUUGCACCUUUGUUAAUGAGCCCAACAUAAAAAUCUGUACCAUUUGCUGUAAAACGCCCAGCAAGCCGCCCAAGCUGGUGGCCAAGUCCAUAUCACCACCCAAACAAGUUCCAGCUGUGAAAACAACAAAGGAUUCAAAAAGUGGUACGAUCAAAAGAGUAACAGCUACAACAACGGAUAAGGGAAAAUCCAUACUCGCCAAGAAUACAACAACAACAACACCAUCAGUCACAACUACGUCAUCAUCAUCCACCACAGCAACCAAUAACGAUGCCAUAACAGAAUCAUCCUCCUCUCAGAACUCCACUAACACACUAAAAAAGAAAGGUAGGCCAAGGAGAAUCUCAUUUCUGGAAGGAACCAAAUUUAGCUAAGACACCAACCCGCCCAUGCACAUAUCCCAAGUUCCUCCUCUCCUUCGGCUAUCUAACUGACUCAUUAAUAAUUAAUAAUGAUCUUCAUUAGUUUAAGUAACAACAAUUUUGUAAGACAACAAAAUACAACAACAUUGACAUUUUUUACUAACCAUAACAACAGCAA